AUGGAUGCGACACAAGGCACGCAUAACGACCCAGAGUCUACUGACAACGCCGGUGAACCGAACGACUCUCGCGCGGCGGCCACAAACCAAGGGCGGUUCCGGGUCGACUUCAACCUCGUCAACGCAUUCACUGACACACUCAUGGGCAUGAGGCCCUUCCUCGGCCGCGCAGCACCAGCACCCGUUCCCGCUCCUGAGGAUUCUGCCGCCACUGUUGCGGCUGACAGCGCUGCAGGCGAUGAUGCACCACCGCCUCUAGCCUCCGAAUCGGAUUCUAGCGGCUCAGAUUCGGAUUCAGACGCGAGCGACGGCGGCGAUAGCGAGGCGGGCAGCAUGCCGUCCCUGCAGACGGUGUCGGACAGCUCGGACGAGGGCCCGGACUCUGACGCGGAUGUGUACGACUCGGACGCGGACUCUGACGGCUCGGGCUGGGACGAGCACGAUGUGCGCGACGACCUCCGGCGCGGGAUGGAGACGAUUGGCGGCCCGGCGGAGAGCACCGUGCACUAUGAGCCGUACUCCGACGAGGAGGAGGAAGAGUGGGAAGACGAAGAUGACGAGUUCUUGGAGGACGACUUUGCGGAGCAGGGCACUGAGGUCUAUAGACCUCCUGGAGUGGUUGAUGUCCCGCGAAGGCUCUCAGUGGACAACGACCCACAGCGCGCAGAGACCCUGCUCGCCGGUUUGGAAACCGUGUCGGACGAGCUCGUCCUGAGGUACGAGAAGCUGCGCGGGGGCGACGGCGAGGCCGCCGAGGGUUGCGCGAUCUGCAGGGAUGACUACCUCAUCGAGUACCCACAAGACCCGGCGGACCUCGGAAAGCUCAGCGGGGCCACCCUGACCUACGCGCUCUUCGAGCUGCUCCCGUUCCACCCGUCGCCACACCAGAUUCUGGUGUUCCCCUGCCCCGGGAGACAUCUGUUUCACCGCAGCUGCCUCGCGCCAUGGCUCGCGCGCAAGACGACGUGCCCAUCAUGCAGGUUUGAUAUCGACCCGGAUUCGCUCACCCUGCGUCUCACGGGGACGAUGUCGCAUUACGCAUCAGGGGUGCGGACGUGGGAGCCGCCGAAUGUACUGGGGCUGGAGGACUGGCUUGCGGAAGAGGAGACAUAUCAGACGGUUGGACACCGUACGGAGUGCUCACAUGCAGCGAAGCCUGACGCAUCUGGACAAGGACGCACAGGUCCGAGGGUGACCUUCGCUCCCACAGCUAGAGAUUUCAGGGACUUUAGGGACCUCAGGAUGACUCCGACGAGGAGUCGAUUCCUGAGGUUGACCCUCCCCGCGCGGCGCCGGCACCGAGGCCGACGGACGAUCCCUUCCGAACUCAUGCUCGACCCGCCGUCGCAGCAAGUCGUAGACGAUCACCUUCCUCGUCCCGCCGGCAGAUUUCCUUCCGCGUACCCAGCGGUGGUGCACACGGCACGAGGAACAUGCACGACGCGGUGGUAG